UUAGGAAUCAGAACUAAGAAUAUUUCUGAAAAUCUUCAGAAUGUUUUCAUUUUGCAAUUGAGGCAAUAAUAACUUCCAGAAAAACAACCAACACCUGAUAUUUUUUUAAUUUAAAAGAUUAGCCAUUGAGAGGGAGGUCUCAUUUAUUUUCAGCUUUCUGCCCCCCCCCCUUAGAAAGAAAUUAUGUAAAGGACAUCAGGAUUUUAUCUGUUUGGCCCUCACUAGGGAUAAUUCUCAAAAAAUGGAACAGAAUGGAACUUAAUUUGAUAUCUGACUAGACCACUCCAUGCCCAUUGGGUCAUCAUUCCAGAGAUAUUACCUUACCUAAACAGAGAAAUGGAAUGACUGUGGGAAGGCAAAAAAGCAGUCUAAACAGGAGUGACUUCCAAUUUCCUGUUGCUUCCCCAUUAAAUUUUCUUGUGGGAAACUGGCAAGGAGCAUCAGAAAUCCUCCUUUCCUUCCUUUCCUCCCUCCCUACCAUUCUGUUAUUAUCUUCCUCCCUUCCUCUGUAGAAUUCCUAUUGGCUUCCUAUUUUUUUUGUUUGUGGAAAGCUUACAGGGAGAAGGUCAGCGAGGAAGCCAGCAGGCAGCUAAAUGGUUGCUGCUGGAAGCCAGCAGGCAGCUAAGUGGUUGCUGCUGGGUGGGGGAGAGAGAGCAAGGAGGUGCAUGUAGAUACGAGUUAGGAAUGAUACCUGGGUAAGAGAUACUAAGUGGUUUGGGAAGGAAAUGUGGGUGUGCAUCAGAGAUGCCAUGAGAGUUAAGGAGGUUGUGCAGAUGGUGAUGUAGGUUGGAAAGGGUGCCCAAGGUGCCUGAGGUUAAGUAGGAUGCAUGGCGGGGGAGGGAGUGUGGACGAACAAGGAUGUAGAGGUCACGGGGUUGUAAGAGGAGCUGCGUGGUUCAAGUAGGGUAUGCAGAGGACAAUGUGGCUCAAGAAGAAUGCAUAGGGGGGUCAUAAGGGUGUAUGAGAGAUGCUGACUGGUAGGAGAUGGUUCACAGGAGGAAUGUGGAUUGGGAAGGGUAUCAAGGAGUAGUGGGAGCCCAAGAGGUGCUGUGCAGGUCAGGGAUGGCAUGCAGGGGAAGCAGCCUGGAUGUAUGGGGAUUCCCAAAACAUGCUGCCUGGGUCAGGAAAGUGUGCCAGAGGGGCAUGGAUUGGAGAGGGGGCAUAACCGUGCACAAGAGGUGCCAUGUGGAUCAGGGAUGACACAUGGGGGACAGUGCAUGUCAGGAAAGGUGCAUUGGGGCACAAGACAUGCCAUGUGGGUCAAAGAAGAUGCACGGGGGCAGCAUGGGUCAGGGAGUGCAUGAGGUUGCAUAAUAGGCGCUGCAUGGUUUGGGGAAAACGUGCGUGGGGUUGGGAAGGUGUGCAGGGCUAUAAGCACAGGUCGGUGGAGCAUGCAGAGGGGGUGGGGCAGAUGGGGUAAGAUGGACUGCACAGGGAUUCCUUCCUCUCUUCCCUUCCCAUCCCUUCCCCUCCCAGAAGCCAGAUAAUUUGCUGCUGGGUGGGGAGGGAGCAAAGUAUUAUGAGACUGACUGAGAAACUGUAAAAGAAAUUUGAAAAUAAAGAUCAUGUGACGGGUGCAGCAGCCAAUAGCACUGAAGCAGCCACAUCUUUCCCACAUUCCAUUCCCUUGGGUCAUGGAUCUUGGAUUUUGAACAUAUUCUUCCUACAGGGUUUCCUGAAUUGAAAAAUGAUACAUUCUUGCGGGCAGCACGUGGAGAAGAGACAAAAUACGCUCCUGUUUGGUGCAUGAGACAGGCAGGAAGAUACCUACCAGAAUUCCGUGAGACUCGAGCAUCUCAGGAUUUCUUUGCGACCUGUCGAUCACCAGAGACAUGCUGUGAACUCACACUGCAACCUCUACGACGCUUUCCUUUUGAUGCUGCCAUCAUCUUCUCUGACAUCUUGGUGGUGCCUCAGGCACUGGGCAUGGAAGUGGUGAUGGUACCAGGAAAAGGCCCCACAUUUCCAGAACCACUAAAGGAAGUAGAGGACCUGCUGAAGCUUCGUCAAAAGGUUGAUGUGGCAACAGAACUGGGCUAUGUCUUCCAGGCUAUCACACUGACACGGCAGAGAUUGGAGGGGAAGGUGCCUCUGAUCGGUUUCUCUGGUGCCCCAUGGACUUUGAUGUCCUAUAUGAUUGAAGGUGGUGGCUCCAACACAAUGGCCAAAGCAAAAGCUUGGCUCUACCGGCAUCCUGAGGCCAGCUGUCGUCUGCUCACUUUAUUGACUGAUGUUAUUGUGGAAUAUCUGGUGAGACAGGUGGCUGCAGGUGCUCAGGCUCUGCAGAUUUUUGACUCCCACGCAGGACAUCUGGGGCCAGAGCAGUUUGCAGAGUUUGCCCUCCCAUUCAUUCGGUCUAUUGCCAAGGGUGUGAAGAAUAAGCUACAAGAAAAUGCUCUCCCCGUGGUGCCAAUGAUCAUCUUUGCUAAGGAUGCCCACUAUGCAUUGGAGGAUUUGGCACAAUCUGGGUAUGAAGUGGUUAGCCUGGACUGGACCAUGUCUCCCCAAGAGGCUCGCCAGCGGACAGGAAGAAAUGUUACCUUACAAGGGAAUUUAGAUCCAUGUGCUCUCUAUGCAUCCAAGGAGAAGAUCGGGGAGCUGGUAAAAAAGAUGUUGGAAGACUUUGGCUCCCAGCGUUACAUUGCCAAUUUGGGCCACGGCCUCUAUCCUGACAUCGAUCCAGAACACGUAGGGGCUUUUGUAGACGCUGUGCACAUGCAUUCUCGCAAUUUGAACAAAUGUUCUUAGAGAUUGGGAGAAAACAGUCCUUAAGCGAAAAAGAAAAGAAGUGGAUGAUCUGCUAAGUAAAUGUAACCGUUUUUGAAAGAUAACAUGCUGGAAAGGAUCUCAGUUGUAAUUAGCUACAAAGACUGCUGCGGAAACUGGCAAAAGGAACCAGAUUUUUCACACACACGUUAUCUUCUUCUCAAUCUCUACCAUAGAAAAUGGAUUCAUUAUGAAACAUACAUUGCCCCAGCUGUGUACUUUUUAUCCCCAAAUUGCUCCUGCUGGUUACAACACUAAUCCGAGCACCUCUUGACAAUCAGUGAACACCUUUUAUUAUAAUUGAACUUCAUCUGCCCUUCCGCACAGAAUUUGGCAGUCUGAUCUUGCUUCCCACCCAUCCGUUUCUUGCAGAAAUACUUUUUUUUAUUAUUUUGGUUGCUUUUUAAUCUGCAGAAGUGCCACAAGGGUGGUGCUUUUGCUGUGGGGAGAAGUUCAAAACAUCUGAGGGGGAGGAGAUAUGUAUAUGCCUGAAUGGUCUGUUUUUUGCAGGUUAAGUAUCCUGUGUCUGAGUCCCCUUUUAGCUUAUAUGCAAAUUACCUUGAUUAUACCAGGAAAGGAAGAACUAUAUCCUCCCCUUCCAGUUGCAGAAUAUGGAACUGUAACCUCUCCAUGAUCCUAUCUCAGUAGCAGCACAGAUUGUCUUUGAAUGGCUUUCCUUUUCAUGAUUUCCGACUGGCAGCAUGAUACCAAAAGGGCUGGAGUGAUACGAUGAAUGGCUUCCUUUUUUUUAUUAUUAAACAUCAGAUCAAGAAGUUGUACAUACAAAAUAAAGAGACAGAAGAAUGAUACUUUUAUGGCAACAAAUACUGGGUGAGUAGGGCUUGUCUGGUCUUCGAACCAGUUUCUCAGGAUUUUUUUUUUUAAAUAAAAAAAAAACAAAUUGGAGUCA